CCCAUGUCAACAGCUAUUAAGAAGACACCAAAACCGUGUUACCCUGUAGGGAAGUUUAGGCGAAACCUAUAAAAGCUGUAAAUUUACUCUUUGAAUCAUAUAAUGGAGGGGACAGGACCAAUAGGAGAGGACAUGUUUGAGUCAAUGGAGGAAUUCCAGAUGGUCCUCAAUGAGCUGGUUGGGGACAAGAGCAUGGACAAGGUCCGGGUGGAGUAUGAGAAGCUCAUCCAUGCUCUUAAGAAGUCCAGAGAGAAUGAGAAGAGGCUCAUGUCCAAAUGCAGAGAGCUGAAUGCAGAGAUUGUGUCCACAUCAACUAAAGUCGCAGCAGCCCUGAAGAUUUCCCAGGAAGAUGAAACAACAAUUACUUCGCUAAAGAGGGAGCUUGAUAAAGCUUGGAAAAUGGUUGAUGCUGCUCAUGAUAAAGAGAAGAGGGACAAAGAGGCCAUCAGGAAUUUAAAAGAAGAAGUUGCAAACCUAAUCAAAAAGGCAGAACAACAAACUGGCUUCUCUACAAACCAAGAGCAGAGUGAUCAACUGAAAAUGAUUGAGCAGUUGACUAAGGAGAAGGACCAGCUGCUAACAGAUGUGGAGGGUCUGAGAGAAAAAUUUAACAAGGCCACUGCAACCCAGCAGCAGAUCGAGGCCCAACGAGAUUCUGCCUUAGAGAGUAUUUCUCAGCUCCAGCAGGAGCUCCAGGUACAGCAGAAUGAGAUUUCCCGAGAGAUGAGGUUGAAAGAGAAGCUGGACAAGGAGGUGAAGCAGCUGCACAUGGACAUGGAAGCCAAGAUGGGGGACGUCAAGGCUCUGAAUCUGCAGGGCGAAAGGGCCAGAGAGGAGCAGCAGCGACUGGAGCAGCAGCUCAAAGAGCUAAAGAUCAUGAAUGAGCGAUCCACCAAGGAGCUGGAGCAGAUGCAGGUGAAGAAUACUAAGCUGCAGCAGGAGUGUGAGCAACUCUCAUCAGUCAAAGAACGUCUGUCAUUGGAGAAUCAGCAGAACACAAAUGAGCUCAAGAUGAGAGAAGAGGAGGUCAGUCAGAUGCGUCAGGAGAUUGCAAAACAAACAAAGAUGAGAGAAGCCAUUCAGAAGAAGUUGCACCAGAUGGAGGAUCAGAAAGCUGAUGUGGAUGUACAGAAAGAGACACUGAAGGCUCAGAUCGCUGGCCUGGAGAAGGAUCUUGAAUCUUCCCAAAAGCAAGUUGAAGUUGACAAGAAAGCUACAGAUGAGCUGAUCCGUGAGCGAGACAUCUUAAAUAAGAACAUGAUCAAAGCUGCACAGUCGACUGAGAAACAGCAGAGCAUUGUGAAGCUCCUCGAGCAGGACAAGAAGACUCUGGAACAUGAGAUCAAUGGAUACCGGCAGGAGGCCCAAAAGCAGCGCAAAAUCAUCCAACAGCUGGAGAAAGAACGGGACCGCUACAUCAAUGAGACCAGUAACCUCAUGCAGAAGGUGCAGCUGAAAAUGAGUGACGUUGAAGUGAGAGAGAUGGAGAUAUUUGAUUGGAGGAAGAAGGUCUCAGAGGCAGAGUGUAAGCUCAAACAGCAAGAAAACCUGCUGGAGUCUGUCAUAUCUGAAAGGAACCUCUACAGCAAAAACCUCAUCGAGGCUCAGGAGGAGAUUGCAGAGAUGAAGAGGAAGAUGAAGACCAUGAACAACCAGGUCACCAGACUGAGAGAUGAGAUCACUGGGAAGGAGAUGGCCCUAGCCAAGGAUCAGCAGGAACACAAACGCUUAGAGAAGGAUAACGAGGCCCUCAAGGGGGAGCUUCAGUCGAUGAAGCUCCAGCUUGAGGAAACAAAGCAGCGUGUUGACAGUCAGAAAGCAGAACAGCAGAAACUGCAGAAGAUUAUAGCCGACGCUGAUGCUGAGCAGAUCCAACAGAAGAAGCAACUGGAACAGGUUAUCAGAGAGCGAGACAACCUGGGCAAACAGCUGCUGCGCCGCAACGAUGAGAUUGCACUGCUGUAUGAGAAGAUCAGGAUCCAGCAAUCAAUCCUGAGCAAGGGGGACUUCCACUACAACCAGAAGAUGGAAGACAUCCGCCUGCUGAAGGUGGAGAUCAAGAGGCUCCAGUGCAAGAAGAGCAUCCUGGACAAGACUGUACCCCACACAGAGGACCUGAGACGAGAGCUGUUCCACCUCCAAAGAGAGCUGCUGAGAGAGAGGGUAAGGAACAGCGUCCUCGAGGAACAGCUGAAGCCCAUAAAUAUUCACCGAUGGAGACGACUGGAGGGCAGUGACCCAGGCAAAUAUGAACUCAUCCAAAAGAUUCAGUCCUUACAAAAGCGACUUAUUGCCAAGACCCGAGAACUUGAGGAACGUGAACUUCUAUUACAGGAAAAGGAGAAGCUGUAUGUGGAACUGAAGCACAUCCUGGCCCGGCAGCCUGGUCCAGAGGCAGCUGAGCAGCUCCAGCAGUGCCAGUGGACCAUCAGAGAGAGAACUAAAAAGCUCAAGGCAUUGAUAGCAGAAGUGAGAAUGCUCGACUCCAGGAUGAACGAGUACAAACGUGAAAAUCAAAGUUUAGCGAAUGAGCUGGCAAAUGUUAAGAAGAAGUACCUCAGACAGAAAAAGCUCCACAGUGAGCAGAUGACCAAGACCAAGGUGGAGCAGCUGGAACCUCUGCCCCAGCUGAGCAGCAAGCCUCACUUCGUUGGCGGAGGCUUCCGGAUUGACAACCCUGUGAGAAGAUAACGGCUACUAUAACGAUAGAUUGAAUAAUGCAUCUUUCACAUAUUUUAUUGUUUGAAAUGAAAGAAACUAUGUUUCCACAUAUGCUGGCAGCAUCUGCAAGUCAGAGGUUUCUGAACAAUCCUGUAUUUUACAGUGAAGCAAUCAUGACCACAAUCAUCAAUUAUCAGCGGGGUGUCUUCAUCCUGCUACCACACAGUACUGCAAUACUAUACUACAUCAUGUUGUAUGAAAUACUUUUGAUCAGAAUAUGAAUGCCAGAUCCUAAACAACACAUCAGAUACCCUGUAAUGUUCUUGUGUUUUUUCUAUUUUUUUAGUAGUCAUUUCAUUUCUUAUUACCAACAAUUAAUUAUGCAUACCUCUCUGUCAUCCUCAAUAGACUAUACAUUUCUCUCAUCCCUCUCAAUAUU